CUCGGUGCGGAGGGCCCGGAAGUGGGCUGGGGGUCCGGGCUAGGGUUGCCACCUCUCUAGUUGCUGGUAACCGGACCCCUGAGGUCCCGCCCCUGCCCCGUCUCUUGCCCCAGGGCCCCCAGCACGCACUGGAUUGUCCCUCCCCUGCCCUGGGGCUCGAGGGGGAGCUGCUGCAGCCCGACAAGGAGCCUGCCCGCCUGCAGAUUUUGGGAGCCUGGUUGACAGUUAUGGAUGCAACUCCUACCUGGGGAUCUGGAGCCUUGACCGGCAACUCCGAGAUGUGCUUUUCCUUUGGAGUCAUAGCAGAUAUUCAGUAUGCUGAUCUAGAGGAUGGUUAUAACUUCUGGAGGUCCCGGAGGAGAUACUACAGACACAGCCUUCACCUUCUCCAGAGCGCAGUUGAUGAGUGGAAUAAGGAAGACAGUCAACUUGAAUUUGUACUGCAGCUUGGGGAUAUUAUUGAUGGUUUUAAUGCCCAGCAUAAAACAUCAGAAAGUGCUCUGAGAAGAGUUAUGAACAAGUUUAAAAAGCUUAGAGCCCCAAUCCAUCACACAUGGGGAAAUCAUGAAUUGUACAACUUUACUAGAGACUAUUUAACAAAAUCUGAACUUAACAGUAAGUCUUUAGAAGACCAGAUCUUCCUUGGCUCUGCUGCCAGAAGCCAGGACUCUCCUGGAGACACUGCUGAAGAACAUUACUAUGCUUAUCAUUUUAGCCCAGUCCCAAAAUUUCGGUUCAUUUUACUUGAUGCUUAUGAUUUAAGUAUCCUUGGGAGGGAUAAAUCGACCCAAAAAUAUCAGGAUUCUUUGAAGCUGCUGAAGGAGAAAAACCCAAAUGAGAAUCUGAAUAGUCCCACAGGACUUGCUGAACCCCAAUUUGUAGAGUUCAAUGGAGGAUUUAGCCAAGCACAGCUGGAUUGGUUCAAUGAGGUUCUUACAUUCUCUGACACUAAUCAAGAGAAAGUUGUGGUUGUGGGUCACAUUCCCAUUCAUCCAGGUUCUACAGGGAGUGUUUGCCUUGCUUGGAAUUAUAAAGAUGCCCUUUCCGUCAUCCAUUCUCAUCAGUGUGUGGUGUGCUUUCUCGCAGGGCACCUCCAUGAUGGUGGUUAUUAUUUAGAUUCUCACGGAGUCCACCAUCUUACUUUGGAAGGGAUUGUUGAAACUCCACCACAGAGCCAGGCCUUUGGAACGAUAUAUGUCUAUGAUGAUAAACUGGUAUUAAAGGGAAGAGGUAGAAUUCCAGACAAAGUAAUGUAUUAUACAAAGCAUUAGGAUCAUUGUAAAUACAAUUGUGCGUGAUCCAGACAGUGCUCUGGAAAUUAGUUAGUUUAGUAAAUAACAGCUGACCAUUGCAGCCAUGGUGUUUCUGUUUAUAGAAAAUCUGCACAAUGAUGCUUACAGCCUCAAGCCUGAUCAAUAGAGCCUCAGUGCUGCCACCUUCGCCUCUCGGAGCUGUUCUCUUAGAAGCUUUACUUCCGCAAGAAACAAGGCCUAGCUUCCUGCUGUAGGGCAGGGAAGGGACAGCCAACAACUCGACUCAGGCUGAAAUAAAUGCAACUUGACCUGGACAACUUCUGCUUGAAAGAGCUAAGAGUGAACAAUUUGUUAUUUAUUGUGGCACAAAAGACACCAACAGCGUUAAAGGGUAUGUGAUAACACUAGCAAGGAGUUAUUAGUGCAUCUUUAUUCGUCACACUGUGUUAUGAAAUGCAAAUCUUAUCCCCAUCAGGUGUGAUUCAGCUUCUUUUCAAACACUAACAUUGAUGAUAUUCUUCAGCCUGCCAGUAGUUUGCUUCCUGAAAUCAGCAGAAGUUGUAGAUACCCUGCACCUCUAAAAACCAGAUUCCUUUGAAUGUUUUUGGUUUUUUGUCUAGGGAGUGGAUUUACGAUUUUAUAGAUGAAAUGCUCAGGAACGUUAUCCCUGUCACCUCAGGAAAGGAUGCAGAAAUAAAAUUUCUAGAUGCCAUUAAUGACUUCUUCUUAGAUCUGUUAGUCCUGUAACCCACAAGGGGAGAGGCAAGUCUUGAUUAAGUCCUCAGUGAAGCACAGGGUCUGUUCCAAGACGGGAAUAUAACUGAACCGCAAAGUAAUAGUAAGAGGCCAUAAUGUAAUUAAAUUUGACAUCCUUGCAGGGGGAAAUAUGCAAAAGAUAUCCACAGUCGCAUCUAUCUUCAAAAAGGGGAACUACACAGAAAUGAGAAAGCUAGGUAAACAGAAAUUAAAAGGAAUAGUCACAACAGUGAAAUGUCUGCAAGCCACAUUGAAACUAUUUAAAAUACUGUAAUAGAUGUUCAAACUAAAUGUAUACCCCCAAAUAAAAAAAUAAAACAGUAAGAUAUGCCACCAUGGCUCAACAGCAAAGUAAAAGAGGCAGUUACAGGCCAUAAGACAUCCUUUAAAAAUUGGAAGUGAAAUCUUACUGAGGAAAAUAGAAAGGCGCAUAAACUCUGGCAAGUCUAGUGUAAGUGUAAUUAGGCAGCCCAAAAAAGAAUUUGAAGACCUGCUAGCAAAGGCAGUACAUCAGAUGCAGAAAGCCUGCCAAACAAUCAGCGGGGCCACUGGACAAUCAAGGUGCUAAAGGAGCACUCAAGUAAGAGAAGGCCAUUGAGGAAAAUCUAAUGAAUUCGUUGCAUCAGCCUUCACUGCAGAGGAUGUGAAGGAGAUUCCCACAUGAGCCAUUCUUUUUAUGUGACAAAUCCCACAUUGAGGUGUCAGUAGGGAAGGUUUUGGAACAAAUUAAACAGUAAUAAGUUACCAGGGUCAGAUGAUAUUCAUUCAAGAGUUCUGAAGGAACUCAAAUAUGAAAUUGCAGAACUGCUACCGGGCAGGUAGUUUUUGAGUGGGGUGAAACCUGGGGGUAUGGAAGACAAAUCAGACUCAUGAAAGGGGUACAGUAGUCUGAAAAGGGUGAGAGCCGCUGUCUUAAAUUACAGUUGUCCUAAGUCCUAAUCGGGGUUUGGACAGCCUAUUGUUAGAUUCUGACAGUGUUGGUGGGUUGUCUUGGAAAUGUGUUAAUUAAAAUACGAGAGAACCAAUAUUUACUUAGGGUAUGAACACAGUUUUAUUGAAUAAUUCUGUAGUUAGGAGGGUCUGCAUAUCAUUCAUAUGCUUAAUUAUUCUAAAAAAUAAAUGCAUAUAUAGAUAUAUA